UGAUAACGAGAUAGAGGAGCCUUACAACACUGAAGCCAAGAGACAGAGGGAUGAGAUAGAAACGGUUGCAGCACGUAUCUGCAUUCAUUAUAGCCUAAUUAUUAAAUGAAGUGGGACAUAUCCUAUGUAUUGACUAAAAGCCUAGCAAAGCCAUAAAAUGCGUAUUUUCAUAUGUUCAUGGAUCUUUUGAUCUGCCAAAAAAAUUUUACUCAGGCGGCGCUAUUUCAGUGUUGUUGAACUAGAUAGAUAAGUUAUUUUCUCAUAAUUAUUGAUUUCUUACGCGCCAACCUGAAGUUCAUCGUUAUCAUCUUGGCCGCCGGGAUGGUGGCCUUCGUUGGAGCAGUCAUCUGCAUCAUAGCCGCGGUCCAUACCGGCUCCGCUGCCGAAUCUACCCAGCAGCCUGUGGCAGACAACCAGUCGCAGUCUCCAUACGCUGGAGUGCAGCAGACUUUCCCCGGCGGCUCCGUGGCGCGAGCGGGUCCCCUGGGCGCUAUCCAUGGUUCUGAAAGGCAGCACGGAGAAGCGCCCACCUUCUUCCACGUCGCCAGCGGCUCAGAUGCCAUUGGUGGAACUAGGCAGGUUAGCCGACUUAUCUGCACCCCAGUCCCCGCCGGAGAAUGCAACCCCAAAAACUUUCAGCAACAAGCCGACGACCCGUCGCUGUACGCCGGCGAGGACUGGGGAUACCUCCGCACCACGGCAGAGGAACUCAAACAGACAGUGCUCCAGCAGAAGGACCAGAUUAUCACCGACCAGCGAACCAUUAGGGAUCUGUCAGGCAAGCUUUCGGAGUGUGAGAGCGGAAUAGAGGGGCGUAGAGGCGCGGGGCUCUGGGGAGGUAAGAGGGUAGAUGAGGGCCGGCUCGUGGUUCGGGACAGUGCUCCGUCGUCGACUGUGGCACAGCUGCUAACCGCUCAGGCUGUGGACGAGCUGGAACAGGCUAUCGUUCAGAUGAAAGACCGCAUAGAGAAACUGGAGUCAGAUAUCGGACCGCUGGCGUUCCCUCACAACCACACAGAUGCAGCAACUGCGAUGACUUCAAGAAGUGGUGUUGGUGGGCUCUCUGAGGCCCCUGAUGGUUGGGGUGAGGCAGGGCCAGGGGGACAGGUAGGGGAUGGACCAAAGCAGUGGUCAUGGAUGGAGGAUCUGGAAGGAGAGCUUGAGAGGAAGCUGGAACUCCUGGAGAAGGAAAGGAAGGCAUUGCGAAAGGAAUCCCAAAGACACAGGCAGGAGAUCGACCAGGGGAUGAACUCCCUACACCACCGCAUCGCUGGCCUGGAGGAGGGACUCUCAGAGUACACCUAUCCCGAGGGCUACAAGCUGUCCUUCCCAGCGCGUACCAACUAUAUGUACGCAGUGGUGCAGCACCCCAUCCCUGAGCUGCGUGCCUUCACCGUGUGCCUCUGGCUGAGACCCACCGAGGGGGGCAUCGGCACCCCUUUCUCCUACGCUGUAGCGGAGCAGCCAAACGAGCUAGUUCUGCUGCAGGGCAUGCAUACCCCUGUGGAGCUGCUCAUUAACGACAAGGUGGCGCAGUUACCUCUGAACCUGUCUCGGGGCAGCUGGCACCACAUCUGUGUAAGCUGGAGCCAGAGAGGUGGGGCGUGGCAGGCCUACCAGGGGGGCAAGCUGAGAGGAGAGGGGCAGGGCCUGGCAGCCUGGCACCACAUCAGGCCUGGGGGAGUCCUCAUCCUGGGGCAGGAACAGGACACUCUGGGCGGGCGUUUUGACUCGUCCCAGGCCAUGGUGGGGGAGCUAUCCCAGUGGAACGUAUGGGAGCAGGUCCUGACCCCCAGCGAGGUGUCCAGCCUGGCCCACUGCAGCCAGCACAGCCCCCAGCCAAAGGGUAACGUGGCCCCCUGGACCAACCGGGAAGUAGAGGUGUUCGGAGGAGCCACCAAGGUGCCCAUGGAGCCCUGCUCUGCCAAACUCACCAACACCCCACUGUGAGGGGAAGGGUGAUAUAGGAUCCAGGGACCUUAUUUACAAAGCGUCUCAGAGUAGGACAAGUGAUUGGGGAAAAAUCAAUACAGUUACAUAUCGCAAUAUUCUUUUGGACAAUAUUAUAGUGAUACUUUUUGUUGUUGUUGCUAGGUAGUGUUAGCUAGCACUAGUCAGCUAUGCCUGCGCCAAAACGCUGGUAUUUUGUUGUUCUCCAUCUUCUUUUUAAAUAGUGAGCCAACAUGUUUUCAAUGCUUUUAAUUCCAUGACUGAUCAAAACUCAUUUUCUCAUGCUCUCUUGUCUCUCUUCAGCAGACAUAUAGAGAGCAAUAUCUUUGGAACAUCAAAUUGCAAUAAAAUUGCAGUAUCGAAUCGCAAUACAUAUAGAAUUGUGAGAAUCAGUAUUGUCACCUAAGUAUCAUGAUAAUAUUCGUGAGAUCCCUGGCAAUUCCCAGCCAUACAUGUCCUAUUAUACAUUAUUUAUUAUGAUCUAAUAGGCAAAGCUGAUUUUUCAUCAGCAUUUCUACUUUGAGACUGAGAGUCCUGAGCUGUGUUCAGUAGGGCAAAACAUUGUGGAGGUAACAUAUUUCUAUCUGAACAACUAGUUAUGUAGAACAGCAGGAAUGCCUCACUGACAUGUAGAUUAAGGAAUCAUGUCAGCUAUAUUCAUCACAUUUCUAUCUGCAAUGUUCGGUAUAUUGUACAUUGUGAAUUUGUGAAGUGAAUUUAUGGGUGGCGCUUGGGUGAAAGGGAGUAAGGGAAUAGGGGAAUGAGGCACGUGGUUAGAAGUGGGAGUAACACUGGUUUUGUAACUGCUCAUAAAGACUUUAUUUAUCCCUCAAGGGGUAAUUUUGUUUUGUUUUGCAUGUUUUAUUUAUCUAUGUUUUACAUCUAUUGUUGAUUAAGUUUAUUCAGAGCUACAGGACACAGAGUGGGUAGGCUAGGCAUACAUACUUUUGAACUGCUGCUUUGGACUUGGUCUAUGGCCAGGCACUAGGUCCGAUGAGCCUAUUUUGUUUUCUCAAUAGGAGCAAACAAUUGGGUAUCUAUAGCUUUCUCUAUCAUCUGACUUGUGUUUAACUGAAGGGGAUAACUUAAGUGUACAUUAUGAUUUUAUAUAACAUUUUAUAUACAGACAUUAAGAACACACAAUCGUGUCUGUAUAGCAUUGAUUUUUUAAAUAAUUUUUUGUAUCAACUUGUUUCAAAACAGCAUUCUUACUGUAUCUCUUUUCAUAUUCCUUCUCGUUAACAUUUGUAUAAAUAGUCUAUCUUAGUAAUACAGCAUGUCUAAUCAUUCCCUAUGACUAAUAAGAACUACAGAAAUAGAGAUAUGAACAAAUCUCUUUGGCACUAAUUCAAAUUCAAUAACUGUAUCCAGUAAUGUCAAUGUGUGGCUUGAAUUGAUCCAGAAAAUAUGUCUUAGACUUGGGCAGUGCUAUUAACCCAAGCUCAUUGAAUAACUUUGUUGCACAAUAUGGUAUAGCACAAAGUUUGAUACUUUCUAGAACACCAGAAUAGGUAUUGGUACCAAGUUGUACUGUCAUGUAUAAACUGUGUUAUAUAAUACUUUUAUAUUCAAUGUAAACAGUGAUAUGAAUAACAAUGGGUUUAAAUGCAUGUCAUUAUACUGCAUACAUGUAUUCAUUUUACAUAUCAAUGCACAUUCAUAUAUAAUUCAAUGUAUUAAAGCCCUCUUAAUCUU